AUGAUUACUGAGCCUGAAACUGCUUCCGACGCACCCUCUCCCACUGUUGAACUGUGCAAAUGGGUGGAGUCGCUUACCUGGGAUGACGUCCCCGAGGAGAUCAGAACCCGUGCCAAGUACUUGAUCCUUGAUGGAAUCACUUGUGCAAUUGUGGCAUCUCAUUUGCCCUGGUCUGAAACUGCUGUCAAAGCUGUCUCCAGUAUUGAAGGAGAGGGUCCCUGUCAUGUCAUUGGCUGGAAGGAUCUCAAAGUCGGACCCCUGCAAUCGGCCCUUCUCAACAGUACCUUUAUUCAGGGCUUCGAGUUGGAUGAUUACCAUAGUUUUGCUCCUCUGCACUCCAACUCAAUAAUGGUUCCAGCAAUCUUAGCACUGGUUUCGUAUGGCAAGCACAAGGGAAUUAGCUACUCUGGCAAGGACUUUUUGUUGGCUCAUGUGGUUGGUUUUGAGGUGGGUCCUCGUGUCGGAUUGGCCUUGCACGGUGGUGAGAUCCUGAACAGAGGAUGGCACUCAGGACCAGUUUUCGGACAUGCAGCUUCUGCUGCGGCCUCCUCGAAAUUCCUUGGACUCAACUCGGAGCAGAUUGAAGAUGCUUUUGGAAUUGCUUGUACCCAAACCUGUGGUCUGAUGUCGGCACAGUUCGAAUCUUCAGUCAAGCGCAUGCAGCACGGAUUUGCUUCGAGAAACGGUUUAUUCGCCGCUCUUAUGGCUGAACAGUCUUACAAGGGUAUUAAGAGAGUUUUCGAGAGAGAAUAUGGUGGAUUUCUCAAUGUUUUCUCAUUAGGUGCCGAACCUCCAGUGGUUGAAGAGCUCACUAAAGACCUGUCGGAAAAAUGGAUCACUCCCGAAAUCAACAUCAAGCCCUAUGCUUGUAUGGCAGGAAUCCAUUCCACAAUCGAUGCUCUUUACGAGCUUUUCGACAAAAAGCCAUUGCAAAACGCCAUGGAUGUGGUUAAGCAGGUGACUAUUGAGAUUUCUGAGCCAUUGUUCAAGCAUGGUGGAUGGAAGGCAACCAAACCUCUUACAGUCAUUGGAGCUCAGAUGAAUAACGCAUACAUCUGUGCAGUUAUUCUCCUUGACGGUGUUCUAACUGUCAAGAACUUUUCGGAGAAACUCAUGAACCGCCCUGAAAUCUGGGAGCUCAUGGAAAAGAUCGACGUUGUUCACAACAAGGAGUUUGAUACACUUCCCAGAACCGACAGAAUGAUUGCUGCUGUCAAGAUCGAGUUCACCGACGGCACCAUCAAGACCAACACGGUUGUACGUCCCUCUGGGGUCAAAGCACCCCUCUCUGGCGACGAAAUUGUCGACAAGUUCCGCACUCACACCAAGGGACUCAUCUCCGACGAAGCCCAGGCCAACAUCCUCAAGACUGUCUUGGAAAUCGAGAGCUCCAAAGACGUCUCCGAGCUGGUUGACGCACUCAACAUCGAUAUCUUGGACCCCCUGAAAUAA